CGAUGAUGUGCCCCUUGUGCGGCCGCCGACAGAGCGCAUGUCAGCAAAGCUAUAUCCGGGCUUAGUUCCCUUCUAUAGCUGCCUCUCGACGCUCUAGUGAUUUACUAUGAAGAAUGGCUGACUCGUCGCUCGAAGCUGGCCAUCGAUGGGCUAUAGUUACGCCUGACGAUCGUAGUGGAGUUCUUUACAUCGUUGCAUUUUUAGCGUUCACGUACUCGAGUCUCACCUUCCUCGCACGAUGCUUCAUCAAAUGGCAUGUAUUAGGCUUCGACGAUGCAGCAAUGGCGCUUGCGCAGGUUGCCUGUCUCGUACAGUUCUCCCUCCUCCUAGUCUCUCUUUCUGCUGGUCUAGGAAAGACAUUUGACCUCCUCAGCGUAGAUAAGUACGCAGCAAUGGCCAAAGCCCAGUUCGGAACUCAAAUCGCCCUCUAUGUCUCCCUCGGCUUCUCGAAAAUCGCUACAAUCCUACUCAUACAACGCCUCUUCACCCGCGAUAUGAGAACAGCAUGGCAGAUCUGCAAUGUUGUCACUGGCUGCGUAGCUGCUUGGACAGUUCUUGCUAGCUUUCUUGUAUCAGCCGGCUGCUCACCGGAAAGCAUGGCCCCUAAAAGCCCGUCGGAGACCUGCCCUACCAUCAUCGCCCGCUACCAAUUCGUUGUGGCCACAGACGCAAUCACCGACAUUAUCCUUGUCAUUAUUCCUGCAUACCUAUGCUGGCAACUCCACAUGUCCGUCAUCGUCAAACUACAAGUUCUUGCAGUCUUUUCUUUCCGACUACCUCUCAUCCCACUCGCCGGCCUAUUUCUAAAAACGUGGAUCCGCUCGUUAUCGACCAGCAACCCUGGCGUGGACCGCACACCAGCGAUUAUAUUCCAUCAGUGCCAACUUUGCGUUUCUCUGAUAGCGGGCACAAUACCCUGUCUAAAAUCCUUCAUCCGCAGCUUCGACACAGGCAGCGGCGUAAAAGCAGGGUUCGGCUCAUCGAACGAAUACGGCUCCAAUGGUCCUAAUAGCACCAGCGCAACAAAGCAACAAAGCUACCAGCUUUCUACACUGAAGCGCAGCAAAAUCAGUUCAUCACAGACGCGAAGCCGCGUAGACGAGGACGACGGCAAUAUCAAUGAGAAUCCGUUGCCGUUCACGAGUGGACGAACCAAUCAGCCACCACUAGCAUGGGAUAGGAGUAAUAGAGCGGGAUAUGAGUGGCAAGAGCUGGAGCCCGAUAGAGACAGCCAGGGCAGUAGACAAGAGUUGUUUAUUCGAAAAGACACAGCGUGGGAAGUUGGCAGUGAUACGAGGCGGAGAAGUGAUACGCCCGGGAUAUUGGUCUUGCCACAGUAAAUGGCAGGAGAGGGUAUGAGGCGACCCCAUGGAGGGGACAAAAUUAAAUCUUUGCAAUCUUUUUCACUCCUAGAUAGAGUAGAUACCAUAAAGGGAAACCGGCGUAAUCUCAAAAAUGGAAAUCAGGCGCGAUGGUAAAUUGCGUUUAGGACAUGGUGAU